AAACAAUAGCAAACGUUGGCCAUCUGGACGUUAAUUUCGCAACUCUUUCCGAUCUCCUGUCCUUAGAUCCUGCGCGUUGUUGCCAUGAUCACGUGGACGUCGAACACUUUACAUUUAAUUCAUCGUCGCGGCGGAUCGAGACAAGCCACUACUUGCCGGACAACCCGAGCACGGAGGUUCCUUGUGCGGGUCGCUUGCUCCUCAUCAGCACCGGGCGAAGCCGCAUCGGGCAGGCGCCCGCUUGUCAUCGCCACUCGGCCGAGCCAGCUAGCACAGGAACAGACAAGACAGGUCCAGCGGCUGCUGCUGGCGGCCGCCCAGCUGCGCAAUGAACCGCUGGAGCUGUCCGUACUGCCCAUCCGUACGGCAGGCGACGCCGACACCACCUCCCCGCUCCGAAACCUGGGUUCCGGAGCCUUUACAGAGGCCCUAGAUGCGGCAGUGGCGGAUUGCCGUACAGCCGACAUGGCGGUCCACAGCCUGAAGGACUGUCCGGCGGUGCUGCGGGAGGGGCUGGUGCUGGCGGCCUGCCUGCCGCGGGCCGACCCACGGGACGUUCUGGUGGUUGCGAAGGAGGCGGAGGAGGCGGGUGGUGGUGGUGGAGUGGCGGGGGCCGGCAGCAGUAUCAAGGGGCUGGCGGACCUCCCUCCUGGCAGCCGAGUGGGCACCAGCAGCAGCCGGCGAGCCGCGCAGAUCCGCUACCUGCACCCGCACUUGCAGGUGGUGCAGCUGCGCGGUAACGUGGAAUCGCGGCUGGAACGCAUUCGGACCGGGGAGCUGCGGGCUACUGUCAUGGCGCUGGCAGGUCUGCAGAGGAUGGGGCGCGAGGACGCGGCUUCCGCCGUCUUGAGCACGGAGGAGAUGCUGCCAGCCGCCUGCCAGGGAGCAGUGGGGGUGGUGUGCCGAGACGAUGACCCAUGGGUCCGCCAGCUGCUCUCCGCCAUCUCCCACCGCUCCACCCUCCUUGAAGUCGCCGCGGAACGCGCC